GACUUCCAAUCAGAGGAUCACAGGUUUCCGUGACGUCCACCGGAAAACAGAGGACGCAAACGCAACACGUAAAACAAAACAGAUGCCGCCCACACAAAUCGGCGACAGAGGACGUCAAGUCGUCUGUGAAAGUAGCCACCAGUGCUCCUAGGCGGAGUGGAGUCCUAUUUGUAAAAGACUGAAAAUCACGAACAACGACUCACCUAGACGGCCCUAGUUAGUUAGCUCCAAUAUCAACUCCGUUAACGUUAUUCCUUCAAUCCCCAAAAAGUUUUAAGAAAAACCGACGUUUCUCCGACUAAAGGUCAGCUCACCAGGCAGACAUCACAAUGGCCCAGGAAACCAAUCAGAGUCCGGUUCCUAUGCUCUGUGCUAAUGGCUGUGGUUUCUAUGGCAACCCUAGGACUAAUGGCAUGUGCUCCGUGUGCCACAAGGAGCACCUGUCAAGGCAGAACAAUGGAGGAGUCGGUUCUAUGAGCGUUAUGGGCAGCGGCAGUGGCCCCACGGCCGAGGCUUCUGCCAUCCAGAGGUUAGGGGCCACCUUGAAUAAUGCUGCAGCUGCUGCCGUGGCUGCUGCCGAGGUGGCAGCUGAGGCCGCAGCUUCUGCUGAGGCUGCUGCCUCCGUGGCUUUCAGUGGGGUUUCAACUACCAUGUCUGUAACGCAGCAGAUGACCGAGAUGAGCCUCUGCUGUGAGGAGAAAGGAGCAUCAGGGAGCAGCGUGGAGCUCCCAGAGCCAGUGUUGACUCAGCCCACAUCCUCAGCCUCUCAUCCCUCCACGGCUGGCAGCAGGGAGUCCAAAACCCCGGAGCCCCCAAAACCCAAAAAGAAUCGCUGCUUUAUGUGCCGCAAAAAGGUUGGCCUUACAGAACGUCCUUGCAUAAAAGAUCCCGCAAAAGGCAUCAGUUAAGUCCAAUGGCUAAGUGUUACUUAUUUAUAAUAUUGAUCUAUGCCUUUACGUUUCAGUCACUUCAAAAUAUGACUUUUUAAGGUCAACAUCCUGUUGCAUGUGUGUCAGGAUGUCUACGGUUACCGGUGUUUGACCCUUGUGAGCACUAGUGUUCUCUACCUGACCCGGUCUGU